UUCCCUCAUAAAUAUUUUUCGGUUUCAAAAGCAAUGGUUAGGAAGCGGACGAAGAAAAUUUUGUUAGCUUUAUUCCUUGGGAUGACAACAUAUGUAUCUUUCCAGCUAGUAUAUGUUUGGAAGUAUCGCUUCACCUCUUUAGCUUCAGGAGAGGAAGUCGAUCGACAGAUGGAGAAGAUCGAUUUGCGACGACUGACAACAACCCCGACAACCUCAACAGGGUCCUUAACAACAACUUAUACUUCGCCGCAAAUUAAACACAGAACAUUUCUUACAACCAGGAGAUCUUGUAUGCAACAUUACGAUCUUCUUAUGAUUAUCUCAUCCGCUCCAGGUAAUUUUCAAAGAAGGAAUCUUAUUCGCAAGACUUGGGCUUUCGAAAGAGCAUUUCGACCAAGAUGGACAACGGUUUUCCUCGUCGGCCAAACACGAGAUGAAGCUGUAUCAGUCACAUUAUUAAAAGAAGAUAAGGCUCAUAAAGACCUUGUGCGAGCUAGCUAUUACGAACACUACUGGAAUCAAACCCGAAAGAUACAAAUGGGCUUCGAAUGGGCAGUAACGUAUUGUAAUUUCUCAUUUCUUUUGAAGCUGGACGACGACGUGUUUGUGCAUAUUCCAAGAGUUCUUUCCUUUUUGAGUGCGCCCAACACACCGAAGAAAAAGCUUUACGCUGGCAAUCAUUACACAAAUAAUGUUCCUUUCAGGGGAGGAAAAUGGAAGGUAACUUACGAAGAAUAUGACAAGACAAGAUAUCCAGAUUUCUGCCCCGGUUUUGGUUAUAUUUUAUCUCACGAUGUUGUAAGUACAUUUGUCGAAACGUUCUCUUCUUUUCCGUUCUUUCGACUGGACGAUGUCUACGUUGGCAUGCUUGCAGACAGGAACGGAAUAAGUGUCACAAACAAUAACGGAUUUGAGUUAGGGCAUCCACGAGGAUUUGUUUGUGUUCCAACAAAUUAUACUUUAGUCAGGCAUGAUGUAGGAGAAGAAUGCCAGAUGAAGAUGUUCAAGACACUCAUGUUCCCUGACUAGUUCAAUACCGUAAUAAAUGCAAGCAAUGUUGUAUUCAUUUCAAUACAAUUAUUAAGUUAAAUAUAUGUUCUUCGUCGAUCUGCAAUUGCUCACAGCCCUCUUGUUUUGACUGACAAAGGGAUAACGCUAGAAAUGCCCGUUUCAGAAACUCUCUACGGAAGUCAUUUUACAUCAAGAACUCAAGAGAUAAAAACAAAUCACCUUCGAAGCAGCACAGUUUCUUUAGAAACUCACCUCUUCCAUUCGAACGAGGGAUUUGUUCGUUUAACUACGGUUUUUGUUUUCAUAUAUUCAUA